AUGGAUAUUACUUAUAGAAACAAAGAUAAAGAAAUUAAAUUAAAAAAUAUGAAUUUUAGUGAUCAAAAUAAUAAUUUUUUAAAAAAUAUAAAUAAUCUAAAAUAUAAAAAAAAUAAUUUAAAAAAUAAUUUUAUUUCUAAAUUUUCAUUUAAUGAACAUAUUGAAAAAAUUAAUAAAAAAUUUGCAACAUGCAAGGAUUUGAAACAUAUGGAAUACUUUUGUGAUAAAAUAUUAAAUAAUGAAAUAACUAAAAAAUUAAGAUACUAUAAAAAUAUAAUUAAUUUUUAUAAAAAUUAUAAUUAUAUUAUUAUUAAAUUUAAUAUGGUAAAAAUCUUUGUAUUAGAAAAUAAGAAAAAAAAAAAAUAUCUUUUUGAAUACAAAAACGAGAAUGAAGCUUUAAAAAAAGAUGCAGAAAUAUUUCAAAAUAUAAUAAAAGAACAUUAUAUAAAAAUAAAUAAAUACAAUAAAAAAUUCAAUGGAGAAAUGAGAUAUAUUAAUCAAAUUAAUAAAAAUGAAAAAAUUAAUAAAGAAAAAAAUAUUCUAAAAAAAAAAAAAACCUAUAAAACGAAUUUAUUUAAAAUUCUUGCUAUAUUUUUAGAUGACAUUGUAAAAAAAUAUUUUUUUUUUGAGGAUAAUAAAGUUAAUAAUUCUUAUUUAAUACUAAUUAGUAAGAAUAAAAAUAAUAAUGAAAAUUUUGUCUUAGAAACAUAUAAAUAUAGUAAGAUAAAUUUCAUUAAAAAAUAUUCUCCAUCAGUAAAAAAUAUGUUUUCUUUUUUAUCUAAUAUCUAUCAAAUACAAAGAAAAAAUACUUUUUAUUCAGAUAAUGAAUACAUAAAAAAUGACAAAUUAUUUUUAAAACGCUUAAAUUUUAAAUUAAGGAAGAUAUUUUAUAUACUAAAUGUUAAUAAAUUUAUGAAAAUAUCUACUGAAAGAAGAUUCUCUAAAAUAAAAGAUAGAAAAAAAGAAAUACAUGGAAUUUUAAAAAGAGAAAUAUUAAAAAAAAGGGUAAAAUGUUUUAUAUAUAAUUCAUACCUUAAGAAUUAUUAUAAUAAGCUAUUUAAAAUUAAAAAAAAAAAAAAAAUAAGAUUGAGUAUGGUGAAAUUAUUGAAAUUUCAUAAAACUAAAUUAAGAAAAAAGAUUCAAAAUAUUGAAGAAUUUAAAAAAUGUUAUAAGUUAAAAUGUGAAAAUUUUAAAAAAUGCAUAUUAAAUACUUUAGAAUUAAUUAUAUCAAAUGUAAAUGUAACAAAGUUAAAAAAGAAAAAUGUUACUUUAAUUGAAAACAUACGUAACUGUUUUUUUUUUAUUACAACAAUGAAAAACAAAAAACUAAUAGGUGGUGUAAUAAACAUAAAAAAAAAAUAUAAAUUAAUAAAAUUAAAAAAAAUUCAAAAAUAUCAGAAUCAUUUUAAAUCAAUAAAAAAUGAUAACGAACCUAGAAAUAUGUUGAAAAGUAGAAAUUUCCAAAUGGAAUUUCCAAUUAUUGCUAAUAAAGAUAUAUUAAAAGAAAAAUUGCAUGUAAAGAAAUAUAAUAAUUUACUUUCUUAUAAUUCUUUUAUAAUAGAAAUUAUAAUUAAUAAAAAUAUGAAUCAUUACAGAUAUACAGAUAAAAAGACUUCAUAUGAAGUUUAUUUUUUAGUUGGUAAAAAAAAAAUUAAUAAAAUAAUUAUAAGUAAGAAUAUUACAAAAUAUAUUAAAAAAAAAUACAAAUAUUUAUAUUAUUUAAAAAAGAAGGAGAAUUUCAUUAUAAAACAUUUUAUAGACAAGCUAUAUUUAAAAAAUAAAUUGUGUUGUUAUUUUAUAAAAAAUAUAAAAGGAAGUAAAAGGAAGCUACCUAUACAAUACCCGUUUUUACAAAAUGAAAUUAAUAAAUCAUUCUUAUCGUAUAAUAUUAAUAAUAGGAUAUUAAAAUAUAUAAAUAAUUUUAAAGAAAGAAACUUAAAAAGUAAUAUAAAAAUUAAUAAUACCAAUAGACAGUUAGAACUUUAUGAAAAGAAAAAUAUGAUAAAUAAUACAGAAGAAAUAAUUGAUUUUUUAAUAAGAAUUAAUAAUAAAUUUUCAUUGAAAAAAUGGGUAAAUGAAGAAAAUUUAAAGUUUAAACCUGAUAAGUCUAUUGAAAAAACAGAAAAUAGUUAUAAUAAAAGGAAACGAACUUUCAGCACCUUUUAUUUGAAUGAAUUAAAUAAAAACACAAAUAAUAAAAUUAAUGAACACUUUUUUGUAAAAAACAAAUAUAACAAAAUAAAUUUUUUAAAAAAAAAUAUAUUUCAUAGAGAAAUAACUAAAAACACAGGAUAUUAUGAAAGUAAUAAUAAUAAUAAUUCAAAUACAGAUAUUUAUCCAUAUGAGAUAAAAAAAAAAGUAAUGAUAGAUUCAUUUAAUAAGGAUUGUAAUAAGUUUAUUAUUGAAAAAUUAAUGGAGAAAAAAGAUAAAAAUAUAAGGGAUAUAUUAAUUAUUAAUUUAACAAAUAAAAAAAAAAGUGAAGCAAAAAGUAUUCAAAGAAGGGGAUAUAAUAAGAAUUAUAAUUUGAUUGGAAAAUACAAAAUAAAAAGAUCCAAUAGAAUUAGAAAUUCUAAUUAUAAUAAUAACAUAAAAGGAUUUUUAAAUAUGAAUAAUAAUAAUUUAAAUAGAGAAAUAAAUAGGAAACAUAAUAAUAAUUAUUAUUUUGAUAUUUUUGUGGGUAAUAAUAAAAGAAACAACCUAUGUAUGUAUAACAAUGCUAAUUAUAAUGGAGGUUAUAUUAAUAACACUACAGAUAAUAAUACUAAUGUUUAUCUUAAUUAUUUUGAUAAAAAUAAAAUUAUUGAUAAUCCUGGUAAUCUUUUAUUUAUAGAAAAAAAUAAAAUAUAUAACAGAAAAAAAGAAUUACAAAAUGGAAUUAAUUUUUUAUUUUUAAAUAGUAAUAUUAACAAUGUUGCAACAAAUUCAUUAAGAUAUGAUAUCUUAAAAAAAUAUGCAAAUCACACAAAUUUAAAAUCUAGAGUGAAAUGCAUUUUAAAAAAUAAGUAUAAGGAAAGAAAGAAGAAAAGAGUAUCUUCUAAUUUUCCAUAUUAUAUGAAUUAUUUAAAAAAAAAAAAAAAAAUUUCUUACAAUAAUAUAAAUAAUUUUUAUAAAGAAAAUAAGCACUUAAUACAUAAUAACGAAUUGAAAAAAGAAGAUCUUUCAAAAUGUUCUGAAUGUAUAAACAUAGAUUUAUAUAAGGUAAGUUCUUUAGGUGAAUUCUCUAAUUUGUUAAAUGAAAAUAAAAAUGAAGGAAAUUAUAAAUAUGAUGAUAAAUAUAAUACUAUGGAAAUAAAUAAUAUAGAAAAUUAUUCAAAUGAUAAAUAUAAUGAAAGUAACAUGAAUUGUGUAUCUUAUUUUAAGAAUAGCUUAAAUGGGAAAUCUUAUUUUGAAAAUAAUUCAAUUGAUGAAUCUGAUUUUGAAGAUAAUCUGAAUAAUAUAAAUUAUUUUAGAAAUAAUAAAAGAAAUACUUAUUAUUUAUCUGAUAUUUUUGAUGAAAAGAGCUUAGAAAUAGAACUAUCUAUUAAAAGUAAAUCAGAAAAUAAAAGUGUACUUUUAGGAGAUGGAGAAAAUAAUAAUAUUUCGAUAACUUCUGGGAUAAAAGAGGAAAAUAUAUUAAAUGAAAAUUUAAUGAAUAAUAAGUUGAUGGAUGAUUCAUCUUUAUUAUAUGAAAAAGAAUCAAAAGAAUUAGUACAAAAAAAUAGAAAAAAAAAGAAAAAAAAGAAAAACUUGGAUUGUAUAUUAAAUGAAGAUUUGCCAUUAGAAAGCAUAGAUAAUAUAUUAAAAAAUAAUUGUGAUAUAAAUUUAGAAAAUAAUUAUAAUGAAGAGGAAAAACCAAUUGAAGAUAACUUUGAAAGUGAUAAUAAUAAAGAGUCUUUAAAAAAUAAUAUUGAUUUAGAAGUUGCAGUUAUGGAAAGACAUAGUAGUAUUUUAAUAAAUAGAGGAAUAAAAACAAAAAAAUGUGUAGAUUAUUCUUUAUAUAAUACAUAUGCAAAAUCAUCUUUUUUGCAAUGUGCUGAACAAGCAGAUAAUCACUUUAUUGGAAAUUAUUUAGAUAGAUAUAAUGAUGAAAAUUUUUAUCAUUUGCGUCAAAAAAUAAAACUUUGUUUAUCAAGAACAUUUGCUAAUUUAAAGACGACUAGCGAAACAUGUGUUUUGCAUUUUACUAAUCUAAUAUUCGACUUAUAUAUAAGUAGAUUUAAUUCAAAAGAAGAAAUUAUUGAUAGUAUAAUUAAUGAUAUUGUUACAGAAGAAAAACAAUUUUCUGAUGUAAUGGUACAAUUAUUAAAAGAAUUUUAUCCUAAAAUAUAUAAUGAUUUCAUAUAUAAAGAACAAUUAAAAAAUAAGUAUAAAAUAUUAUAUCAAGAAUUAAAAGAGUCUUGUGAUUUGAUAUAUCAUUUUAUAGCUAUAAUAUGCCUAUUUAUAUCUCAAAAGUAUUACAAUUAUAGAUUGAUAUCCAUAGAUUUAAUAGCUAAAACGUACUGUAAAAGUCACUUAGAAGGAUUAAGAAAAGUUUAUGCAUUAAAUAAUGAUCUAAUUAAAGAUGCUUCUCCUGAUUACUAUUCAGCUACGCAAUAUUUGGAUACUACAUUUUCUUCUCAUAGUGUAAAUAAAAAUUUCGCUUUAGAAGUAGAGAUAUGUAUUUUAAAAAAAUUAAAUUACGAUUUAUCUAUACCAACUGCUUAUAGUUUGCUUGAUAGUUUACUAAAGGCUAAUGAAAAUAUCAAUUUUUUAAAAGUGAGAAAUGAUUAUAAUUCCACAGAGGGAGAAAUCUUACUAAGAAUUGCAAAUAUAGAUAACAUUUUUUUAAAAUAUAAAUCUUCUACUCUAGCUAUGGCUAUUUAUGAAAUACUAAAUUUUAAUAUAUGUAAGGAUAAAAUGCAAAGAGAAUUAUUCGAUUUUACUAAAUUAAGUGAUUUUAAUCAUGUAGAAGAAAUAAGUAUGAGAAGAGAAAAAGAUAACGAUUUUGAUUUAUAUUUAGAAAAAGAAAAAAAAGAAAAGGAAAAAAAGAAUGAAUUAAAAUUCUUAAAAAGACAAGCAAGAAGUUUAAUUAUUGCUGAAGAGGAAGAUCGAUUUAUUACAGCAUCUAAAUAUAUAAAUGAAAAAACAAAAAUUUACAAAUAUAUUAAAAAAAUUAUUAUUAAAUUAUGCUUCUUAAUUAAAAAAAAAAUACCAAAAUCUUAUUAUAAUUGCGAUUAUAACUUAAGUGAAAAAUUAAGUUCUCAUAUUAAACGUUUUCAUAAAAGUAAAAUAGCAUAUUUAAAUCGUAUUAAAAUGAAAAAAUUAAAUAAAGCCAAAAAAGGAGUAGAUAUUAACAUAAAAAAUGAAGAGACUGAAAAAUUCCUCAACACAAAUUCCUCAGUGAAAAUUUACAAAAUAAGUAAGGAAUUCGGUAAUAAUGCAUUAAUAGAUGUUAAAAAUAAAAUAAAAGAAAAUAAUAAAAAUCAUAAAAUUGAAGAACAACAAAAACAUAUGUACGAAUCAGAAAAAAAGAAAAAGUUAGAAGAGAUAAGAAACGAUGAAAUUAAAUUUCAAUCAAUAAAAAAUAAAAUAAUUGAAAAGUUGAAUAAAUGUAUAAAAAAGUUAAUCAAAUUGAAAUAUGAUGAUAUCCCAAUUAAAUAUUGCACUACACAUAUUUUAGAAGGAGAUAAACUCAAAAUUUAUAUAAAAAAUGAUAAUGAUAUUGAAAAUAUAAAUAAUGCAAAUAAGAUGAAGAAAAAUUCUUUAAAUAACGUAAAAGAUAUGCCUCUGAAAUAUAAUUUUCAAACAAGAUCAAAAAGUAAUUACAUAAUAGGUACAAGAACAAAAUCAACAGAUGAACAUUUGGUAUAUUAUUACAACUAUAUAAGUAAACUAAAAAGUAGAUUAAUUAAUGGAUUAAAAUAUUUUUUACGAAGAAUUAAAAAAAUAAAGAACAGAGAAGUUUAUGUACAAAAAAUGAACAUGAGCUUUCUUUUUAAAAAGAGAAAAAGAAAAAAAAGAAAAAAAGAAAAAACACUUAAGAAUAUUCCUUUAUAUAAACAGUUGUUAAAUGAAAUAAAAAUUUUUUUUUUGUGGAUUUAUAAAUUAACAAAUAUUGAAAUUCGCCCAUUAAUUAAUUUUUCUGAUCUAAAAUUUAUAUCAGUAAUAAAAUAUUACGAAAAAAAUUAUUCUAAAUAUGUUUUGAGAAAACUUAAUUAUAUGGAUGAUAACAGUGUAGAACAAGAUAAGAAGAUAGCUGAAGAGAAUUUUGAAGAUUUUAAGAUGAGUUCAAAGAAGACUAUGAAAAGAGGUAGAGAUAAUGAUAUUUAUGAAAACCACACAAAUAAAAUCGUCAAAAAAGAUUUUCAAGAAAAAAAAAGUAAGGUAUUAAAUAAAAUUUAUAUUGAAGAAGUUAAGAGCACUAUUGAAGGAGGAGAAAAAUUUUUUUAUCCAUUUUUAAAAAGUACGGUAGAAAUAAAAAGAUUAAAAAAUAAAGAAGAUAUAAUUGAACAUAAAGAAAAUAUAAAAGGUAAUGAUCAAAAUAAUAAAAAUGUUUUAAUAUUAGAAAAUGUGAAAUGCGAAAAUACAAAGAACAAGACAAAUUUUUAUGAAAAAAUAAAAUAUAUGAAGAAUAAUGGAGGUGAAAUAAUUGAAGAGAAAAAAAAAAAAGAAAGUGAAAGAGAUAAAGAUGACAAUUCAUUAUUAGGAAAAAAAGAACAUGAAUCCUUAGAAAAGCAGAAAGACAAAUUUGGUGAAAAUGUUGAAAAUAAUCAUUUAUUUUCAGUAACCAAUUUUGAGAAUUUAGCAAAAAUAAAUAGUGACUGGAUAACUAUUAAUGAUCCACAAGUAGAUGAAUGUGCAAAAGAACUAAUGGAAUGUUUUUUGAAAUGGAAAAAUCAAGAUUAUAUUUCAAAAAAUUGGACAUUUAAUGAAUAUCCAAAUUGUAAAGAAUAUUAUUUUUCAUUAGUUUUUGGUGAUUUAAAAUCAUCUGAAGCUCUUAAAGGAAUUAUAGAAAUGAUGCAUAUGAAGUAUAACCAUUUAUUAAAUAUAUAUAAAGAAAUUAAUAUACAAAAUAAUUUAUUAUAUUAUGAAUAA